AGGUCGUUCGAGGGCCCCAAAAUCUUAGUUCGUGGACCGCAUAUGGAGGCCAUAGUUUGCCGGUCACUGUUCUGCACGAACGUGUCUUUAGGAGGGUCAAUGGUUCAAAUUCCUAUUUUCACGUGACAUUCUCGGUCAGCUUGUUUAACACAUCGUCACGUGAUCAAAACAACAACCCUGAUCAGCUGGCGACUGACUGACAGACUGGACUGGGGAGGUUGCCGAGGUUCUGGCCAUGUUUUGUCCCAGAAGAUUUAUUAGACAGCGAUGGGUAUUGGCUGCGAUACUUGGUUCUUCGAUUAUAUAUUUUACUUAUAAUAUGGCGUACAGACCUCGAGACAUAUUUAUAAAAGAUAGGAACCGAAACUUGUUGCAGGUAUCUUCAGACGAGAGAAAGUUAGAUGCUGAAUCGAUCAUCAGAGUGUUGAAGUGGCAUUCAUCUAACAAAAACUGGGGUAACAGCAGUAGAUAUGAUGAUACUGGAGAAAAAGUUUAUCAAAAAUGCAGAAACUCUGUGCAGGGUCGAGAAUUGAUAGCAGAUGACAGAGGUUUUGUUUGCAGAAGAGAUGAUGUUGAAUCACGUGGAUGUUGUGAUAUUGACGCUAUUUUUACAAAUAGAUAUGCAUGCGACACUUGUGUCAAAUCCAACUGCUGCAUGAUAUUUGAACAUUGUGUGUCAUGCUGUCUACAACCAGACAAGAAGCAACUUCUGGAGAAAACCAUCAGAUCAGCUGUGGGUUCUUUACAGAAGAUGAUAUUUACAAGUGUUAAAGAUCAGUUUGAAUUAUGCUUGUCAAAAUGCAGAACAUCUUCAUCCAGUGUUCAACAUGAAAACACAUACAGAGAUUCAAGCAGAAAACAUUGUUUUGGGACAAGCCCUCCAGAAUUACACUUAGGCUGAAGGUAGGAACAUCAUGUUCUCAAGAUACACCAAAGCGGAAAAUGAAAUGAGGAGCGUUUUACAUGGAUUGGCGUCACAGAAGAUAUCCAAUUGGCUGUCAAAGCCUUACAACUUGUGGCAGAUGCACAAAUUUGGGAAUGAGUGAACAAAAGGGCUGGCUGUUUCAUUAUUGUCUAAAGCAAACAUAAUACCUCGCCGAAACGAAGCUAUUCUUAUUGAAAAGAUUAUAUUUAGUGCAGCUUUGUUUUUUAUAUCAUGAAAAGGGUUAGUAUAAAUUUACUUCAGAUUCAACCAAACCUGUUUAAGAGUGUGGUAUUGGAGCUAGAGUCAAGUAUUACCUAAUUAGAAUUUUUAAUUGAAACAGCAUAAGAAUCGCCAACUUUCGAUUUCUUUGACAAGGGUUUUUUGUUAAUCAGGAAUGGGCAAUCAAAAUCAGGCUCUACACUUCUUAUUGUGAAAUAAGUCUCGGAGAAUAUCAUGGUUAUUGAAUAAAAGUGAAGCAAAAGCAGUUUUUGUAAUAUUUAUUGUUAAAUUUUAUUAUUCAUCGAACGAUGACAUAAAAAAUUUUCAAAACUCAAACUGAUGGUAGAUCCCAAUCAAUCAGUAAUUAAAUGGUUUUGCUAUCUACAAACAUUUUUAUUUCUCAUUCCUCUGAUAAUAAUCUAGACUAGAGCAAAGUGUCCCAAAUUUUCUGUUCAUUGGUUCCUUUAUGACAAUUUAUAGAUCACUCGUGUGCCCCCAAAUUUCUCAGAUUUUUGACUGCUCAACUUGAUCGGAUUCACAUCUUAUUUUCCUCCUUUGGGUGAAUCAUUAUAUUGUUUUCUUUAAAAUUAAUUACCCUAGUUCAGUUCAGUUUGAAAAUCCUCCCGAUUAGCACCAAUCAAAGCACACAAGAGUUAUUCCUUUCCUGAUAAUGUAAUCUAAGCUUAUAACGCACUCUUUAUCGGCUGAGUGAGCCCAGAGAUUUUAUCCAAUGUGAUGGAUGAGCCUGCCUUUGACCAACAAGCUUAUUGAUACGAGGUGAAAUAUAUCAACAGCUCAAAGGAAA